AUGGGUGUUCUUCGUAUAUUAGAGAUUAUAUUUUUCUUUUAUUUUGCUUCUCACAUUCCUAUUACAUUAUUCAUUGAUCUUCAAGCGUUGCUUCCUGCACAGCUGUAUCCUCAGCAGGUAAGUUUGACCUGUUUAAUUGACUAGUGUGUAGUAGUAGGUCCAUGAAGGAAAGUUGGUAGUGGAUGAAGUAACGGUGACUGCAUCAUAUCACCGUAUUAUUUUUGGGGAUGUUGAAAAUCCCUUUUAACACCCAAUGUGCCUAUAGUGAUGCAACAUUGAGUGUUUACAAAUAUAUUGUGUUGAUAUAUAUAUAUUUUUUUUUUUCAACAGCUGAAAGAUCUUUUGAGAUGGUAUGGGGCUGAGUUCAGAGACCCCAUGAUGCUGGAUCCCCCCACCUGGUUCAAGUCCUUCAUCUUCUGCGAGGCCCUGGUCCAAAUCCCUUUCUUCCCCAUAGCUGCAUAUGCCUUCCUCAAAGGUCAGAUAACAUGGGAUACGUCCCAAAUGGCACCCAUUUCCCUUUAGUGCAGUACUUUUGAUGAGAGAGGUCAAAAGUACUGCACUACAUAGGGAGUCAUUUGGUAUGGCCCCAUAUGGGCUAGCAAACUAAUGUAAAAAUCUGUGGUAUUUGGAAUUACAAAAUGAAGCCCAUGGUGCAAGAAGACCUUUGAUUUGGCACGCUGUAGAUAGUAAUUUAGUCAUAAGUAACUCAAGUGUGACCUCUAGUGGAUGCCCAUUCUUUUAACACCCCUUUAUCAGUAUCUGUGUGUAUCCCAAAUGGCGCCCUAUUCUCUAUGUUGCACUACUUUUGUCCAGAGUCCUAUGGGCCCUGUUUAAAAGUAGUGCACUAAAUAGGGAAUAGUGCGCCAUUUGAGACGUAGACGUUGUCAUAAAUCAGACAUGACGACAAGGCAGGUAAGCCUGUCAUAACGUGAGGAAAUCAACCUAAUUCUGUUCCAUCAACCAUCAUCUCUUCCAGGAGGCUGCAAGUGGAUCAGGACUCCGGCCAUUGUCUAUUCCACCCACGUAGCCACCACCCUGGUCCCCAUCCUAGCCCACAUCCUCUACUACCCCUUCCCCACGGAGCCCCACCCUGGCCCCCAGACCCAGAAGGAACGCUACACCCUUGCAGUCAUCUACGCUCCGUACCUCCUGGUUCCUCUGAUGCUGCUGUUCACCAUGCUGUUCAGCUCAGCUUACAACACCAACACUCAGGGAGGAAAGGGCUCAGCUUACAACACCAACACUCAGGGAGGAAAGGGCUCAGCUAAGGCCAAGAAGAUCAAAUGAGACACUCAUCUAUUUCUAGCCUGAGUGCCAUUCUGUUUGUGCUAUUGUCCAACUCCAUUGCUGUCCUUGUCAAACCAAACAUUACAAGUGACAAGGAGUUGGCAUGAUGGCACAAACAGAUUGGCACUCAGGCUACUAAUCCACCUGUACAUUCUGAAUCUCAAGCUGUGACCCGGCUGCCUAGACAUCCAGGUAAUCAUACCUCUAGUCUAGACUACACUACUAAUUUUCAUAGUAAUUUUUGUGAUCAAUUGUCAAUUCGUAUAUUUAAAGUCGAGAAAAUAUCAUGGUUAGCAAUAGUCAAGAAUGUUGACACCAAGAGAAUCAAAAUAUGUGCAAAUCCUUUUUAUUCAAGUAUACCUCAUCUUUUGAUGAAGUUGGUCCACUAAGCUGGUUUACUAACUUUUAACAUGGAUAAGAUGAAUGCAGAGUAUGAGAACAUUUGAUAAUUUCUUGAUAUAUACUGUAAACAUAAAAUAAUUAAUAUACCUUUCAAAUGUACUUUACUGUUUAUUUAUACACUGGCCUGAAAUUCCAAUAAGCCACCUGAGGGCAAAUGUUUUGGUGUGGUCCCACAGACAAUGGUGAAAUUAUAAAACCAUGAACAUAUUCCUACCUCAGAUGUAAACAGACGACACACAGCAAAAAAAAUAUAUAUAUAAUUGGGGGGGAAAUCAUGAAAUUAUUUACAGUAACAUGCACAUACUGUACUUUGUUUUCUACUUGUAGAAAAGGUAAUAAAACUAUCUAUACAGAGUAAUUAUUCGGUAUUAAAUAGUAUAAAUAAAUUCCUUGGUAUAUAUAAAUAGCUUUCUUCCCCAUUUGCUUGUCUGAUAUACUGUAGUGUUGUGAAAGGCGUGACGCCCAUAGAGCCUCAGGUUUUAAUUAUAUUUCAAGCAUUCAACACUUAAAUGCUAAAAAUGGAUAACUGGGGGAGGAGGGUUGACACCUGCUAGUGAGGAACAUGUUAUGGUGUUCUAGAAGCCUAAGAGUGAGAAGCUACUUUAACUUUGCAUGUGGUCUGUCUGUUGCUGUCACGGUAACACCUGUGUUUUAGUUGGAGCAGUUUUGGAUUGCUUGUGAGGUCGUAAGAGAGGUUGUGUUCAGAUGAGCGAUUCCCGUUAACCCAUAGCGUAGUGGAUAUCACCCAUAGAAAACAAUUCAGGCACCCUGGAAACAUGGUCACAAACACACACAGACACACACAGACACGCACACAUUUUGGGCCUUCGACGCACCCCUUAUUUCUGCAGAAUGAACUGUUCAAUGAACUCAUUCUGCUCAGCCUCCACUUUGGAGAGAGCUUCAUACUCGAUGCGAUACCUGGAAUAGAUUACAAACAAAGACAAACUUCAUUAAACCCCAGGGACUGACUGACUAAUUAACUAACUGACUGACUAUAAUGUCAACCCCUGAGAACGAGACACUAACAAUAUAUUUCCCCAUUGUUAUUGAUUUCACAAGGAGACUUGACCUCAGUCUUACAUUUCUUGCCAAAUAAAUUUCACCAAUCACGUUCGUUUCUGCCCUUGAGGCACAGCUGUCUUCAGAACAAGAUUGAAUAAGACAAACAGUCUUCUUAGCCUGGGAGCCAGUCUGUUUCUGGUCUCUUUAAUAUAGCCUGGGUACCAGUCUGUUUCUGGUCUCUUUAAUAUAGCCUGGGUACCAGUCUGUUUCUGGUCUCUUUAAUAUAGCCUGGGUACCAGUCUGUUUCUGGUCUCUUUAAUAUAGCCUGGGUACCAGUCUGUUUCUGGUCUCUUUAAUAUAGCCUGGGUACCAGUCUGUUUCUGGUCUCUUUAAUAUAGCCUGGGUACCAGUCUGUUUCUAGUCUCUUUAAUAUAGCAUGGGUGCCAGUCUGUUUCUAGUCUCUUUAAUAUAGCCUGGGUACCAGUCUGUUUCUAGUCUCUUUAAUAUAGCCUGGGUACCAGUCUGUUUCUGGUCUCUUUAAUAUAGCCUGGGUACCAGUCUGUUUCUGGUCUCUUUAAUAUAGCCUGGGUACCAGUCUGUUUCUGGUCUCUUUAAUAUAGCCUGGAUACCAGUCUGUUUCUGGUCUCUUUAAUAUAGCCUGGGUACCAGUCUGUUUCUGGUCUCUUUAAUAUAGCCUGGGUACCAGUCUGUUUCUAGUCUCUUUAAUAUAGCAUGGGUGCCAGUCUGUUUCUAGUCUCUUUAAUAUAGCCUGGGUACCAGUCUGUUUCUAGUCUCUUUAAUAUAGCCUGGGUACCAGUCUGUUUCUGGUCUCUUUAAUAUAGCCUGGGUACCAGUCUGUUUCUGGUCUCUUUAAUAUAGCCUGGGUAACAGUCUGUUUCUGGUCUCUUUAAUAUAGCCUGGAUAACAGUCUGUUUCUAGUCUCUUGCCAACUCCAUAUGGAAUUGUCCUUCCAAACAUGUGUGGCUUGACAAUGGAGUGAGCAAAAGCACAAACAGAUCUGGGACCAGGCUAGUGAGAUCAGACCUGGGACCAGGCUAGUGAGAUCAGAUCUGGGACCAGGCUAGUGAGAUCAGACCUGGGACCAGGCUAGUGAGAUCAGACCUGGGACCAGGCUAGUGAGAUCAGACCUGGGACCAGGCUAGUGAGAUCAGAUCUGGGACCAGGCUAGUGAGAUCAGAUCUGGGACCAGGCUAGUGAGAUCAGAUCUGGGACCAGGCUAGUGAGAUCAGACCUGGGACCAGGCUAGUGAGAUCAGACCUGGGACCAGGCUAGUGAGAUCAGACCUGGGACCAGGCUAGUGAGAUCAGACCUGGGACCAGGCUAGUGAGAUCAGAUCUGGGACCAGGCUAGUGAGAUCAGAUCUGGGACCAGGCUAGUGAGAUCAGACCUGGGACCAGGCUAGUGAGAUCAGAUCUGGGACCAGGCUAGUGAGAUCAGAUCUGGGACCAGGCUUCAGUCUUCUUACCUCUCCAGCUGCAUCGUCUUCUCUGCUAUCAGGGCAUGGAGCUGCUGUUGCUGGGCCUCCCUCUGCUUGGCCACAGACUUCAACAGGUUCCUGGCUCCAAUAGCCUGGGAGAAGGAGGCAGUGCAGCAGCAUGUUGUUCACCCAGAUAACAAGGCCUCGGUCGUUCCCACAGAAAAGUGCAGCAAGUGUACUCAGUGGCCUAGCUAG